UCGCAUUCUCUAGACACGAACACACACACACACACUCUCUCUUCAAAUCCAAUCCUCACAUACAAAUACAAAUCACAAAUCUCAAAUCCUUCAUCUCCCUCUCCUAUAAAAGAACCCUUCUUUCGAAUCUUUCCCGCUUUCUCCACUCCCUCACUCUUCACUUUCAGAUCCAAACCCUGAUUCUUCUCUCAAGAUUUUGUUAUAAAGCCUAAUAAAUUUAGGGUUUCAUGGCUGACCAAGGAUUGGAAGGGAGCCAGCCGGUAGAUCUACAGAAGCACCCUUCUGGGAUUGUGCCCACCCUUCAGAAUAUUGUGUCCACGGUCAAUUUGGACUGUAAGUUGGACCUCAAAACAAUUGCACUUCAAGCUCGAAAUGCAGAGUACAAUCCCAAGCGUUUUGCUGCUGUUAUUAUGAGGAUAAGAGAGCCCAAAACAACUGCACUUAUUUUUGCUUCUGGGAAGAUGGUUUGUACUGGAGCUAAGAGUGAACAGCAGUCUAAAUUGGCUGCAAGGAAGUAUGCUCGUAUUAUCCAAAAGCUUGGCUUUCCUGCCAAAUUUAAGGAUUUCAAAAUUCAGAACAUUGUUGGCUCUUGUGAUGUCAAGUUCCCCAUUCGGCUGGAGGGUCUUGCAUAUUCCCAUGGUGCUUUCUCAAGUUAUGAACCGGAAUUGUUUCCAGGACUAAUCUACCGUAUGAAGCAACCUAAAAUUGUUUUGCUUAUUUUUGUCUCUGGAAAAAUUGUUCUAACAGGAGCCAAGGUGAGAGAUGAGACUUAUACUGCCUUUGAGAACAUAUAUCCUGUGCUUACUGAGUUCAGGAAAAACCAACAAUGAUUGCUGGGAAAAGCAGGAGGUUCUGGCAGAGGAGUUCGUGGAACUGUAAAUAUUAAAACAAAGGAGAUAUCUAGAUUGAUAUAAAUUAAAGACGACUAAUUAAAGACAGUCGCUUGUGUUGCUCUUUCUUUGUUUUGGAAUGGGUCUUGAUGUAGUUAAGUGAAUGAUAUUUGUUCUAUUGAAUUGAUAUUUUUUUAAAAAAAGGGUAUUUUGAGGGGGCAGAAAAAAAGACUCAUGAAAUAACAAAUUGACUCUGACAGAUGCACAUGAAGUUUAAUAGUAUCGUAUUAGGAUUUAGAGAAAAAAAUAUUAGUACGAUAUGACUAUUGAGUAUUAAAUGUCGAGCAACAAAUCAAAGCUUUUGAGUUGCUAAAUC